AUGUCCCGAGGUGGAAAAUAUGCCCUCGUAUUUGGUGCCUCAGGCAUCUCAGGAUGGUCUCUUCUAAACCAAUGUCUUCGCUAUCCCACACCCUCCUCGUUUCGACGCGUUGUUGGCCUUUGCAACAGACCGUUUUCUAAGCAGGAUUCCUUUCUUCCCGAUGAUACUCGACUUGAUAUUAUCCCGGGAAUUGAUCUUACGCAAUCAGUCGCAACCGUUACCGAUCAGCUGAAGAGCAAAGUCAAGGAUGUUGAGCAAGUUGAAGUUGUUUUCUUCUGCGCCUACAUAGAUCAUUCCGAUUUCCAAGCCCAGAGAGAAAUCAACUCCGCACUCCUCCGCACGGCCGUAGAUGCCAUUAGCAGCAUUGCGUCAAACCUACAAACAGUCAUCCUGCAAACCGGUGGAAAGGGAUAUGGACUCCAGUUUCCGAAUGAGAUCAACAUUCAGCCACCCCUUCGUGAAUCCAUGCCCCGCAUCCCGGAACCUUGGAGCAAGAAUAUCUUCUAUUAUGACCAGUAUGACAUUCUACAGGAGCGAUCGAAGGGCCAAAUGUGGACAUUUUCAGAGAUCCGCCCUGACGGAAUCAUUGGUUUUGUUCCCGGUACGAAUGCAAUGAACUUGGCAUACGGUAUCGCAUACUACUUGACUCUGUACCGCGAAGUCCAUGGAAAAGGAGCGAAGGUGCCUUUCCCCGGAAAGCUCCACGGCUACCAUUCUACGCACAGUGAUACCUUUCAGGAUAUUCUGUCCAAGAUGGAGAUUUACGCGGCGUUGAAUCGAGACAAGUGCCCCAACGGGUCCGCAUUUAAUGUUGCGGACGGGGAUGUUGUCAGCUGGGCACAGGUUUGGCCUGGCCUCUGCUCAUAUUUUGGACUUGUGGGAGUUGAGCCGCAGGGCGAGCGGAAGAUAGAAGACUUUGUUCGUGAGAACCAAGGCGCUUGGAAUCACUUAGCUGAGGUACAUGGGCUGAAGACAGGGUCUCUUGAGACCUAUAACUGGCCCUUUGUUCAUUUCAUGAUGGCAGAUUUUGAUUUUAACCGGGAGUACUCACUUGAUGCUGCUCGGUCGAUCGGAUUCACGGAGUCCAUCGAUACUGUCGAGGGAUAUCGAGUCACAUUUGACAGAAUGGUGGAUGCAAAGCUCAUUCCGUCCGUCUCUCCAUUUUUUCAAUAG